CUCUAGCCUAAGAACUGACAAAGUCAAGACAAUCAAGAUGACAAACGAACCUAUUAAAGAGAUCCUGGGUGCUCCAAAGCAUCCUGAUUCUGCAGCCACGGAGAAGAGUAAUAACAAUGACUGUGUGAUAACCACCAUCCCUCUCGUCAGCGAGUGCCAGCUGACUGCAGCUACAGGGGGAGCAGAGCUCUCCUGUUACCGCUGUACCAUUCCCUUCGGCGUGGUUAUCCUCAUAGCUGGCAUCGUGGUCACUGCUGUGGCCUACAGCUUCAAUUCCCAUGGAUCCAUCAUCUCGGUGUUCGGAUUAGUCCUCUUGUCAUCGGGACUCCUUUUGCUGGCUUCUAGUGCAGUGUGCUGGAAAAUCAGGCAACAGAACAAGAAAGCAAAGAGGCGGGAGAGCCAGACGGCGCUUGUGGCAAAUCAGCGAACCUUGUUUGGUUAA